ACACUACUCUAGAAAUUUCAAGACAAAGAGAGAAAAUUCUAGAGCAAGAAGAAGAAAAGAAACUCUAGGAAACUAGAGAAACUAGUGGCGGCCGAGAGGAAAAAAAUUGAGUUUUCCGAUUUUGUCCCGCGAAUUAAUUAUCUAGGGUGUACCAUGAUGUUAUAAAGGUAUUAGUAAUGAAAAUUUAUGGUUUGGAGAAGCACCAAAACGUCACCAAACAGUCCCAAAGUUUUAGCCGCGCUAGGAGAGCUUUCGAGGCAAGUUUUGGAGAGUUUCGGUAAAGAAAAACAAGUUGGACGCAUAAGCGUAGCUAGUAAGGCGCGACACAGGUACACCCAGAUGAAUAGAAGCUAUUAUAGAAGAUGUUCCAGCGGGGUUAGCAAAUCCACUUGUUCCUGGGGUGCUGCCGAGCCAGAUUAUAAGCGCUAUGAUAUUUCAUUCGAAGUUAGAAACUUUGCAGACAGAGUCGUGGGUAUAGAGUGUCAGCUUUGUAAGCGGCGUCACCAGCUGAUAUGUUAUUAUGUCUAUGUCACGAGUUUUAUGGGAUGAUAGAUUUUGGAAAAACAAAUAAUUCGGGAAGCUUAGUUAUGUUUUUUUUCAUUUCUUAUUGAUGUAAAAGUCUAAAGAGAUUAAGUAUGUACUAUGAGGUAGCGGGUUCGCUUGGCUCCGAGCAUGGGGUCGAGUGUCCAUCACACCCUAUUAAGAUCGGGGUGUGACAAGUAAUCUUAAGAAAGAUUACAUGUAUUAUACAUAGAAACUUAUCUUUAUUAUUCUAUUUAUAA